AUGGAUAUUAAUAUCAUCUAUAGGAAGAUUGCUUUACUAUCAUUGAUUGGAUUUUGCGUUAUAGCGAAAUGUCAAAAUCUACCUUACGUUACUAACGCCAAUUAUUCCCGUGAAACCAAAGCAAUUCAAUAUGGUGACGUUGUCUUGGGUGGAUUAUUUUCAGUUCAUUUUGAGUAUACGCCAUCACAACGUCGUUGUACUCAUAUGAAUGAACGUGGUGUUAAAUGGGUACAAUCGAUGAUUUAUACAGUCGAUCAGAUUAAUGAUAAUCCACAUCUUUUACCCAAUAUCACCAUAGGUUAUGAUCUACGUGAUACAUGUAAUAGUCCAAAUAAUGCCAUCCAAGAAAGCUUGAAUUUCGUAAUAUAUUCUCAUCUCGACGACAAUCAAAAUAAACAACUCGUGGAGAAUAAAAGCCAAUUUAGCUCAAUACCAAAUAUGAUCGGAGUAAUUGGAGGUCGAAGUAGCCGUGUUUCACUGACUGUUGCCAGUUUAUUGAGUAAUUUUGACAUAGCACAAGUUAGCUAUUCAUCGACAAGUCGUUUAUUAAGUAAUAUAAUUCAAUAUCGUUCCUUUUUUCGUACUGUGCCAACAGAUGAAAAUCAAGUUCAAGCAAUGAUUGAUAUUGUUCAACAUUUUAAUUGGACUUACGUUGCUAUCGUCGCGGUUGAUGAUAGCUAUGGACGCUUAGCUGCCGAUAGUUUCAAGAAAAGAGCAGCAGCACUGGGCCUAUGUAUCGCAGUAGAUCAACGCUUCCCCAAUCAAAAUAGCCAGCAAGCCAUGCAAGAUAUUGUAACUGAAUUAAGUCUGAUACCAAGAGCUAAGGUGAUUAUCUUAUUAUGUGCUGAAAAUGAAGCUGUGGAUUUUCUCUAUGUAGUGCAAAGGCAAAAUUUAACCGGUCGGAUCUUUAUUGGAUCCGAUGCUUGGGGUGAUUCGCCAAGAAUAGCCACUUUACAACAUGAUAUUGUCGAGGGAAUGCUGGGUGUUGUCUUAGAUGGUCAUCCAGUACCUCAAUUUGAAAAAUAUUUAAAAACCUUAGAUCUAUGCAAUAAUAAGCGUAAUCCAUGGUUUAAUCGAUUAUGGUAUGAAAAAGCUCGGAUGGAAAAGAUACCGCCUGACCGUAAUAAUUGCUUAAUACCAUUUGAAUUACUGCAUAAUUAUACUGAUACCUUUUAUCAAGAAAAUAGCAAAGUUGCUUAUGUCAUGGAUGCUAUUUAUGCCAUUGCUUAUGCUUUGCAUAAUAUGUUACAAUGUACAGCGACAUCUUGCAAACCAUUAAAAACCAUCGACCGUAGUACAUUUUUACAGUACUUACGUAAUGUUACUUUUAAUGCCAUUUCAGUUAAAAAUUUCCAU